CUGACAACAAAGGCGAGCGGCGCUUGACUGGCCUUUAGAGCGGAUAAAUAAAAAAAGACAACACAGAGAAAGAGUCCAGGAGUGAAAGGAGAGGGAAACACACAACACUCCGCUAUUGUGUUCACAUCUCAUGACGAGGAGCAUGUGGAGUUGUACGGAGUAAACCGGGUCAUCUUUCAGCUUGAAUCAACACCUAGCACGUCCGCUAAUAGAACAAGAAAGAGGAAAAGUGUUGCCCUGUUGAGGAACGCCACAUGGCUCCACGGCAUAAUGUACCGUAUGUUGUAUCAUAUUAUCAGAACCUCUCCGUCAUCCGACACUUUACUGGUACUGAGACAUAUAUUUGAUGUUACUUUGAUUUUUACACGACCUGGAACCACCGUGCAAAUGCAAAAAGGCAACAUCUAUCAGGGCAAGAUUGACUGCCUCUGGGGGGCCGGGCGGGCCCUCUUGAUUGAGGGCACAGAACAAAAAGAGGAAGAGAGAGCAAUAGAGCCACGAUUGAUGAUGUUUGAAUCCCCCGCACCGUGGCCAUCGACUGCCGAGUUCCGGUCGUCGCCCGUCCCGCCAACGUUGUCAAAAGUUUCAACAUCAGGCCGGACGUUGCCGCAGCAUCAUCAUCAUCAUCAUCAUCAUCAUCAUCAUCAAGCUGCUCAUAUGUCAAAAGUCUCAUGAUGACACCUCGGUAAUGAGGAUAU